AUGGGGAAUGCAGUUGCAAAACCCCAACAAAACCCUCAUCAAGAUCCACAGAACCAACAACAAGAAGAAGAAGACGCAACGUUCACUUGCGAGAUUUGCAUUGAACCCGUCAGCCUCCCCAACAUCAAAUUCAACAACAACAAUCUUUGCGCUCACCAUUUUUGCACCGAUUGUAUCAUCAAAUACAUAAAAGUGAAACUCGAGGAAAACGUGUCUGACAUCAAAUGUCCUGCCAUGACUUGCCAACACUCUAUCGAACCCUUAUCAUGCCGUCCCAAACUCACACGUCGAGUGUUUGAAAAAUGGUGCGACGUGUUAUGUGAAUCGAGUGUGUUACGGGUUGAUGGGGUUUACUGCCCAAAUAUCAAGUGCGGGGAGUUGAUUUUGAAUGAGUGCGGGGACACAAAUUUGAAGAGAUGUGUUUGUUCGUAUUGUAAAAAGCCUUACUGUUUCCGUUGCAUUGUUCCAUGGCACGAUAGUUCUACUUGUGUGGAGGUUGAAGAUGAAAACGACGUCGCUUUUGAGCAUGUUUCGAAACGGAAUAAAUGGCAAAGAUGUCCGGUGUGUAGGCAUUGCAUUGAGCGCAUCAGUGGUUGCAAUGCAGUUAAAUGCAGAUGUGGAAUCCAAUUUUGCUACAUAUGCGGAAGUCGAGGUUGUGUGUGCAACUGUUGGUGGACUAUACCUGUUGGUUGGCGUCUUUUGAUUGUGUCAUCCACGUUUCUUCUUUUUAUUUUUACUCUUACUUAUGUUUGUUACUUACGGGCUUACGCCCGCUACAAAAAUAAUGCUUUUUAG